UGAGAUGCAUUAUCUUAAAGUUAUCUUACCCUUGAAAUGACAAAUUACUUCCUAAUUUGCCAUUUAUUCUUGAAAUGCGGUACUCGUUGAAUAUCACGUGAUGGAGUGAUAAUUGAACUAUAAAGUGAGAAAAAGUAGAAUUAUUUUAUUUGAUUCUAGAUGAAAGUUUAAAUUCAAAAUUAAAAAUAGCAGAUUAAGUUAUUCUUUAGGGAAUAUAAUUCUACUCGUAUUACAUUAAAUGUUCAUUUUCCUUUUGACUAUAUGGAUCCAAUUAUUUAGCAUAUAUAUAUGUGCUUAUGUGCUAAUUUGUAUUAAAAGAAUUAUGCAUGAUGUCAUUAUAAUCUUACAUUUCUUUUUUGGAAAAUAAUAAUAGUAGUUGAGAACAAACCAGAUUUAUUCAUUGCUAAGAGAUGAUGUUAUCUGGGAUCUAUAACAAAUUAUUUAGCAAGUGAAGUUUUAAUCUGUUCACUAGAAACAUCUAAUUUGACGUCAUUGGCUUAAAGUUUCCCGCACCAAAACAAAAAGAAAAAUAUUAGUUGUUUAAUUGCUCAAGAAUGAUAAUGCUUUAUUUUGCUUAAAGUUAUGGGUGCAAAAGAAAAGUAUUAACUUUUGAAAAGCAUAUGAUAUGAUAUUCUUUUAUUUUACACAGUAAUACGAGUAUCUACUUUUCUAAUGAUGUUAAUACAUUCGUUUCGACAUACUAGUUAUUUAAAUAUACGUGAAUUCGACUGUUUACCACUAGCACGGUAGGAAUACCAAAACCAAAAGAUGUUGCAGAAUCUUUUCGAUUGUUGUUAAAGAACUACAAUUUUUGGUUUUGGAACUGAAUUAUUAUUUUUUGUACAUGAGAAAAAUUUUCAGAUUAAUAGGAAGUGAGAUUAAUCAGAAUGAAUCACAAAAGUUUCUAUAUGAUCGAUCGAUAUAAACAUCAACAACAUCGAAUUAGAUGAGUGUCUCAUCAAAUAAAUGCUUAACCACUAAGAAAAUAGGGUAUCCGAUCCGAUCCGAUCCUGCCCAAAUAUCCGAAUGGGACCAUUUUUCAAAAAUCCGAAAAAUCAAAUCUGAUCCGUACCGAGAACCGAAUGAGUAUCCAAACAUAUCCAAAAAUAUAAAUAUAUAUAAAAUACAUUAUUUAAAAUAUAUUUAUAAUAGUAUUAAUACUUAAAAUUAAAAAUAUAAAUCAAAUAUAUUAAUUAUUUUAGGUAUUUAUACGUUAAAAUAGAAGUUUUGAAUAAAAAUACUCAAAUAACAUUAUGUAUAUGGUUAUUUUAAGACAAAAAAAUAACCAAUUUGAGCUAUAUAAAUUGAGUAUGUUUGGGUUUUAAGUUAUUUUUGAUAAGUUCGAGUAAUUUGGAUACAAAAUACAUGAAUCGAAUCGAGUAGUUUGGUUAUUUCGGAUAAACUCGAACUCACCCGGAUCUGGGAGGAUCCGACUCGAAUUCGCCCCGAUUUUUUGUAAUACCUAAAUGGGACUAUUUUUCAAAAUCCGAAAAAACCAAUACCUGAAUGGAUAGUAUUCAUAUCCGAAAGGAUACCCGAAUGCCCAGAUAUAUAUGAGAGUUUAUAGCCAAGGGCACCAUCGUAGAAUUUGAACUAGUUGGGAACUAGCAUAGGAUUUGAAUGAGUUAUAAACCAUUAUUACAAGAUUAGUAAGAAAAUAAAAAAAAUGAAUGAGGGCACGUGGCUCCAUUGCUAUCAACGUACGUCCGCUCCUGAAUGCAACGUCUUAUAAGACUAGUUUCUGGACUUAUGAAACCUUUGUGAUUUCCACGGUUAUAAAAAAAUAUUGAAUUCAAGAGUUUAAUUUUCUUGUGGAUUGAAAAUAAGGAGUGUAUAGAAAGUAAAGACGUGUAUAGAACAGGGGCGGACAUAAAACAUGACUGAGUGUGGUACAUGCCUCGUACAAGUUUUUGUAUUUUCUUCACUAACUAGCUUACAAUUCAUCUAAAUAGCCGUGAUAUAAAUAUUUCUUUAUUAUAUGUUCCCCAUACUCACAAACUUGUUGGAUCCACCCCUUGUAUGGAGUGAAGAUGCAACACCAACCAAUAUUUGAAAUAUUGUUGAGUGAGAAAAUUAAUAAAUAAUAAAGGAUACCAAAUACAAUAUUCAUUUAGAUCCAAAUCGGUAUGAAUAGAUCAGCCAAAUGUAUGAAUGAACAUCAAAGAAGAAUUACAUUUAAACAAAUAUCAAAGUUGAUUAUCUCCUUUACAAACUGAAAACUUUCCAUAUAUGUGAAUAAUGCAAACUAAAUUUAUAUAUACAUAUAUUUUUACUGGAAUAAACUUAGAAUAAUUGAUAACCGCGAGAGUGGGUUCAUUACUUGAAUAUAAUUAUGUUGAGCUAGAUUGUUAGGCGCAUGCGAGAGUUGGUUUAAUUACUUUGUGAACAUAUCGAUCUGAGCGUUAAUGCAGCCUAAAAAUAUUGAUCGACACUCAUUCUCUGUUUGCAUGCGAAAGCUGAAACAUAGAAUUUAGACAUCUGAUUAGACUCGCAAUAAGAGUUGUAUAUCGUACUAUUACAUUCAAGAUCACACACACUUAGCAUCUGUAACUCAUAACUGGAUAACAUGAAACCCUAAAUCUAGAUAUUUCUCAUAUAUGUUACAACUGACUAAUCUGCUUGUUUAUUGCUAUUUACAACUUUAUUAAAAUAAUGCAACUUAAAAAUAUUAAUUAGAUUUAGAUAAGCGGAUCCGUCUCUCAACUGUUGAGGAUAACUAUUUACUAUUGGUGACAAUAUAAAUUUUUGUGGUAGAUUUGUGUAUUAUGAAAAACAAUGUAUGUUAUGGAAUUAUUGUUCCUAAAGUUAUUCAUCAUAAUUAAUUAUGUAAGUAAAUAAAUUUAAUUUUUGUAAUAAAAUAAUUUCAAAAAUAAGUUAGACUAAUCCAUCCCAAGUUAGGAAUAGGCAAAUUAUCGGUAAAUUUGAUUCAAUUCGUUAUUUUUUUCGAUUUGAACCAAAAAAAGUCUGGAUAUUCGUAACUCUACGGAAAAAAUAAUAAUAUACAAUAUCCGUAAAAAUAAAAACAAAUCAAAAGUACUAAUAUUAAAACAAAUAUCUGAUCUGAUACGUUAUAUGUAUAUUAUACAUAUAGUUAAGUAAUUAUAUAAUUAUUAUAUUUUAUGUAAGUUAUACAAUAUUUUUAUUUACUAAAUUAAUUAUUUUGUUACUAGGUGUUUUGCCCGCACAUGCGGACAUAGUCUUUUAUAUAUACUUAUUAGUGUAUGUCUUAGUAAUUUAAAAAAACAUCAUGAUAAAUUAUUUUUUAUGUUUUCAAAAAAUUUAAAUUAAACAUCAAAUUAUUUUUAAAAGAACUCAUUUAUUAGACAUAUUUUAGAAGAUAUCUUUAUACAAUUUUUUGGCUUGAUUAAUAUUUAAUUAUAAAUUAUUUUAUAUCUUAAUUUUUAAUUUUUAUAAUAGAAAAAAAAUCAGAAGCAAAAAAUCAAUUAUAUAUAUAAAAAAAUAUAUGUAAGAAUUAUCAUGUUGUUACAAUAUUAUUUCAAAUAACAACAAAAAAAAUAUAUAUAUAUAUAUAAGAAUUAUCCUUUUUAAAUAUGUUUUUAAUAUAAGAUAUAAAUCUAAUAUUAUUAGUAUAAAACUCGUUUUUAAUUAAAUCAUAAAUUAUAUAUAAAAUUUUCAUUUAUGAUAUCAUUGAAUUUAACCACUCUAAUUUUUAAUGUAAAAACUCAUAUGCAAAAAGUUACUUCGUAAAUAACUGUAUAGAUAUUUUUUUUCUUUUUUUUAAUUGUAUAGAUAUUCAUGUAUCUAAAAACUGAAGCUUUUUUUCGUUACGAUUGCAUAGGCGAUAUAUAUUCAGUGCUAGAGUAAAAAGAAUUAAAUUUCACCAUCUAUAUAUUUCAGUAGAAACAGACUCAAUUACUUUUGUUUAUAGGUUAUAAUCUGAAUCGUAGGUUCUCAUCUGAAUUUCAGGAACAAACAAAAAAAAGUAAUAUGAGUUGAUAAAAUAAUAUGCAUAACAAAAAAUGAAUUAUUUGGUUUGGCAGGUCAACGUCUUAUUAUCAAUCAAAAGUUAGUGAAGAACAUUAACUAUGAAAAGGAAAGUUAUAAAUUAAGAUGUCAAUGUCAGACAACAACUCGUCAGUGCAGUGUGAUACGUUUCAUUAUGAGGGUCACUAUGUACAUGCAUGUGCAUGAUGUAAUUAUUGCAUAUUUAUCUGAUAAACCUGAAUAGGGAGUAUUUAACAAAAAUGGGUGAAUGGAUCUGUUUUUUUUUAAUUGUUUUAGUUAGUUAUUGAUAAUUGGGUAUUUACUAUUUUCUGUAUAGGCUCUGGAGUAAACACUUCCUAUUAGAUUUGUGAUAAAUAGGCUCUGGACUCAAGUAACUAAAAGUCUAUGUUUUCGAUUAGUUUUGUUGCUUCAUACAGUAUUGAUGUUUUGUUUGGGUCAAUGCAACAAUCUAUAACUUUAUAAUCAUUAUAUGUUUUAUUAUGGGUUUAUUUGUAAAAUAACCAAAAAAGAAAUUAAAUUUGUAGUAAGAAAGUAGAGAGAAACAUGAACAGAAAAUGGGGUUUUGUUUAGUUAUUGAAAUAUAAUUUUUUUGUUGGUCAUUUGGCCAAAUUUCCUUUUUGUUGGUCAUUUGGCCUGAUUUUUUGGUGAUUAUACAUUGCUCAAAAUGGUAGUAGGAACUAGGAAGCAUGGAAAUUUCGAAAUUUGUGAACAUCUCUUAACUAAAAAUUCAACCAUUUUUCUAACAUGACCUUUUUUCUGGGUCAACACUUAUUAAAAUAACCUUUGUAAAUGCUUUUCAAAUAUAUAUUUAUAUAUAUAUAUAUAUAUAUAUGUAUAUUAUAAGUUAAAUCUCUUUUUUUGUCAAAAAAUAAAUAAGUUAAAUCUUCUAAAUUGUUGUUUUUGUUGAGUUAUCUAGUUCAUGAUUCAAAUUGAUGUCAAACUACACGAGCAGUUCAGAUACUGAGACUUGUUUAAUUAAAAUUUAAAACUAAAGAACAUAUUUUUACUAACACUAAAAUCAUCUGAAAGAGUAUGAUUAACUCUGGUCUUUUAGUCGGGGUUCUUAAUUCAUGAUUUGAUUUUUUCUUUAUAUUUUUUGAUUAAGAGACGGCUCUUAUAACUUUUAAUUAAAAAAUAUUUUUUAGUUAAAAUUUAAGAACUAUUUCUUAAUUGAAAUUAAAAAUCUCCGGUUAAUAGAUUGAUGUUAAUCAUGGUCUAAGAAGAUGGAGAAGUGAGUGGUGGUCACAAGUCGCUGCGUCCUUUUUUAAGUCUCCGGGGAAAAAAAGUAGUGUAUAUGGGUCCCAUCUUGCGGGUCUGUCCAAAAGUCUUAGAGGAAUAAUUAAAUUCUUACAAAAGAUGUCUCAUUAAAGUUAUUUCAUUAAUCAUUCACAAGUGUUAUAAAUACACGACCCUCUGCGAAAUCUAAGUAUAGAUACUCUUCAAUUUUUUGUUGCUUAAAAUUUCGUUAGAUACUUUCUUCAAUGAAUAGUUAAUUUAUUUAUUAGAUGUAUCCACACCUAUAGGUAGCAUAAAAAUGUUAUCGUCAUUGUCACGACUCACGAGGUAACAGUAAUAAUAACCCGUUUGUCCAAGUAAAACAGACAAACAAGAAUCUUUUUUUUUCUAUAAAAAAGAACAUUUAAGAAAGAAUUAAACAUAGAAUAGUUUUUUUAGAAUAAGAGACAUAAAUAGAGUAGUUUAAGAUAAGCCUUAUAAGUUUGAAAGUAAACCCCAGUAGGCACUAGGCAUAACACAAAAACGAACAACGUCAAAUAAAAAAACGUCUUCAUAACUCAAAUGGUCGAUGCGUGUUGCUUUCUAAAAUCUUUAACAAAAAGAAAAGGAAGCAUGUUCUUAGAUUCCUAAACUCCACCAAGUAUAAGACGCACUAUCGAACUUAUUUCCAGUGGCUAUAUUUAUUUUAUUCUUGUGUGUAUUUUAUUGGGAUUGAGUACUGGCCCUUUUAAAAUACAGUAUUGAAAAUAAAAGUUCCAAUUUGAUAAAUAAAACGAUGGUAAAUGAGAAGGGAAGGGGGCAUAGGGGUGAUAUCCACUAAGUAUGUUCCCUCCUCUUUUUAAAGCUUAAUUGCUUUAUUAAAAUAUUCUUGAGUUCUACUAUCACCGAAUGCAUUCCCCGAGAAGUUGUCGGUUGUCUUUGCCAUUUUCAUGUGAGACACUUUCUGAAUUUCCGAAGCCAUAACAAUUAUUAAUACUUACAAUUAUUGUCAUCUAUAAAAGAAAGAAAAUACUACUGAUGAUAAGACUAUAAUUUCCACGUAUACAUAUACAUUUGCCGCUAAAUAUUUUAUUUUAUAGCGUAUGAGGACCACGAAACCAAGGAAAGUGUUUGUUUCUUUAUAAAUGUUGCAACGCCCCUUGGGGUUGACUGAUAGUUAACUAAUAUAGUGGCAUGGUUUUUUGUGUCCCAGCGUUUGAAACUCCCUUAAAGUUGUCAUUGAUAAGAGACAACGCCACCUUUUGGUAAAAAUUCCGAGGAUUUAAUGGGCUUAAAAGCCUAAUAAGAAACUGAAAUGGGCCCAACUUACUUUCGUUGUUGAUUUUUGUAGAAACCUCAACGCCCUUCAUCUUCCGAAGAAGUCGUCAUUUCAUGCCGACAAAAAAAAGGUGGUGACUGAUUCAUCGCGAUUGAUAGUAUUUCCAUUUUUCUUUCUUCUUUUCUAGAUUUAGCGCGGAAACCUGUGCUAUUUUGUUUGGUUGUGUUGCUCGAAACUUUUUUUUGGCGUAAAUGUAAAAGAAAAAAAAAAGUGAUUUCACUUCUUUGCCAAGAACCCAAACAUUACUAUGAAUUAAAUUUGGGUGACGAUAGUUACAGCCGUAACUCCUUUACCACUAGGUCAAUUUAACGUUGGUUUGAAACUUUGGCAUUGUUUAUGUGCAUUCGUUUAUAUACGUGAGUUUCUCUCGGUUUGACCAAAAAAAAAUAUAUUUAAUGCUGAGAUUCCUUUGUUUAGUAGUAUUAGUUUGAGAAAUGAUCCAUCAACCAUAAUUUCAUCAUUGGUAGUUGUUGUUAAGUCUCUCUCUCUUCUAUCUUCCUAUAAUCCAAAAUAAGCAGUAAUUCUUUUUACUUUAGACUGAAUCUAAUAAAUAAAACAUUUUAUUUACUAUUUUUAAAAAUAAAUGAUGUUUGAGAUUUUUACACAUUGAUUAAAAAGUUGUUUGUCUCGUUUACAUAAAAAUAACAGUAAAUCUAACUAAUUCAACCCAUUAAAAAUUAUACUGCAUAAUAUAAACCGCCACAAACAACAGUAAGUACUAAGUAUCAUCAAAAUUUUGCAUAUGAAUUCAAAAAACAUCAUUAAUUUAAAACAAUUUUUUUUCUAAAAUAUCAUUUAAAAUGAAAACGGAAGGGGUACUUGUUAUUUUCAGAUUCUUAAAUAAACGUUUAAACGCCUAACCCAAGCUGUUGUGAACAGAACCUUAGCUGCUAAUCACCAAUUAACAAGAUACUUUAUUGAAAAAAUAAAGAAAAGAUUUAAAUGAUCCUCCUAUGUUUAAUAAAGGAUGCCACGUGUGAAGAAAAAAGCACCAAUAGCAUGAUAGAAGUUCCCUCUCUCCUUCAAAUCUAUCUCUCUCUCUCGCCGACGAGUCAGGAACAACGACCAAUUGAUACAACGUUGACCCUUAACCCCAUAUUCACCAGAAACAAAAAAGAUCUCCCCUUUCGUCUUCUCCGAUCUCAGACCAUCUCUAAAUUCAUCUUCUUUCAGAGAGAUCUUGGGGAAUGGAUAGCAGUUACUCAGUCAUCUCCAAAAACUCCUACGUCGAGUUACAGAAACAGACCAAGCUCCUUCCUCCCGACGAAGAAAGCUUCGUCAACAACAACAACAACGGUGUCGUCGUCGCCGGAUCUAACCAAGGAUCCGGCAUCUCCGGCGCCGUUUUCAACCUCACCACAUCCAUAAUCGGCGCCGGGAUCAUGGCAUUGCCGGCGACCAUGAAAGUCCUCGGCUUGUUCCUAGGGCUCCUCCUCAUCGUCCUGAUCGCGAUCCUCUCCGAGAUCAGCGUCGAGCUUCUCGUCAGAUUCUCGUCCCUCUACAAGUCCCGAUCCUACGGCGAGGUCGUGCAGUUCGCGCUCGGGAAGCCCGCGAGGGUUCUCUCCGAGGUCUGCAUCGUCGUCAACAACGGCGGCUUUCUCGUCGUCUACCUCAUCAUCAUGGGUGACGUCAUGUCCGGUUCGUUACACCACGUUGGGGUUUUGGAUCAGUGGCUAGGGAACGGGUUUUGGGAUCACCGUAAAGUUUUGAUUUUGGUUGUUGUGGUUGUCUUCUUGGCUCCUCUCUGCGCGUUGAACAAGAUCGAUUCCUUGAGCGUCACGUCAGCUGCUUCAGUGGCGCUCGCUGUUGUGUUUGUUGUUGUUUGUUUUGUUGUGGCCGCGGUUAAGGUUGUUGAAGGGAGUGUUGAUGCGCCGAGGAUGAGUCCUGAUUUUGGAUCUAAAGAAGCGGUUUUGGAUCUUCUCGUGGUGAUACCGAUAAUGACGAACGCUUACGUUUGUCAUUUCAAUGUGCAGCCGAUUUAUAACGAGCUCGAGGGUCGAACGCCUGAGAAGAUGAAUAGGGUUGGGAGGGUCACGACGGGUGUUUGUGUUGUUGUGUAUGCUUCCACUGCUGUGUCUGGUUAUCUUCUCUUUGGUAAGGAUACGGAGUCAGAUGUAUUGACUAACUUUGAUCAGGAUCUUGGCAUACGUUUCAGCUCCGCGGUGAACUAUAUUGUCAGAGUGGGAUACAUUCUUCAUCUUGUUCUCGUCUUUCCCGUGAUCCAUUUUUCGUUGAGGGAAACGGUGGAUACUUUGUUGUUUGAAGGCUCGCCUCCUCUGUGCGAAAGCAAGAAGAGAUCUUUGGGGAUUACAGUGGUCUUGCUGGCUCUUAUUUACAUUGGCUCGACGAUGAUUCCAAAUAUAUGGACUGCGUUUAAAUUCACUGGAGCAACGUCGGCGGUUUCGCUUGGUUUUACGUUUCCUGCUCUUAUAGCGUUACGGUUAGGGAAGCAGAGUAAUUCGUUAAGUGGGGUGGAGAGAUCUGUGUCGUGGUUGAUGCUAGUCUUGGCGGUUGUGGUUAGUGUUGUGGGAACGCUUGGCAACAUUUAUAGUCUCAGAAGCAAAUCAGAUUGAUACUUGUUAUAGUGGUUUUGAAGAUCUUGGUAGAUUUAUACAAUCAGAGAUUCUUAGUCCAAUACUGAACCGGCAGUGUUCAGUUUUGUGACUGCUGCUUGCCACACCUUUAGAGUCCAUAGAUUUCAUCAUAGCAAUGACUUCUAUGUAUGUAUACAGACCAAGAUUCUUAUUGAUAUAUACACACGCAAUUUUGUUGUUUUUAUUAAUAACCUCUCUUUAUGGCUUUGAAUCGUUGUCUUGUUCUUUUGUGUUUUCUUUGAUCAUCUGAGGAUUAGGAUUCAUUAUGAGUGUA